AUGGGGACUGAUGGCGAAAACCCGAUCCUGAGGAGUGUGGUCAUCAGCUUCAACUUGCUCCUGCUGGGCGCUGUCCUCAAGCCUUUUGAGUGCCGUCUGGAGAUGACGACAGAGCCGGCCGAGAGGACAGCGGUGGAUGAGGCAGCUGGCCUCGCCAACUGCAGCCCACCUAUCAAAGAGCAGCCCAUGGUCUUCCACCACAUCUACAACAUCAACAUCCCGCUGGACAGCUGCUGCUCAUCCGUGUUCAAGUCUUCGGCCGAGGAGGUGAGUUCAGAAGACGACCGGCUGGCAGAGUACACGGAGCAGACCUCCGACAGCGAGAGCCAGGUCACCUUCACCCACAGGAUAAACAUGCCCAAGCAGGCCUGCAAGUGCUCCACCUCCCUCCCAUCCCUGCAGGAGCUGCUGAGCAGGAUUGAGAUGCUGGAGAGGGAGGUCUCCAUCCUCCGGGACCAAUGCACCUCCAAUUGCUGCCAAGACAAUGCAGCCACAGGGCAGCUGGAUUACAUCCCGCAGUGCAGCGGCCACGGGAAUUUCAGCCUGGAGUCGUGCAGCUGCGUGUGCAUGGAGGGCUGGGCGGGCAGCAACUGCUCGGAGCCGCGCUGCCCGGGGGGCUGCUCCAGCCGCGGCGUGUGCCUGGAGGGCCAGUGCAUCUGCGACAACGACUACGGGGGCGAGGACUGCUCCCAGCUGCGCUGCCCCGCCGGCUGCGGCUCCCGCGGGCUCUGCGUGGACGGCGAGUGCGUGUGCGAGGAGGGCUUCGCCGGGGAGGACUGCUCCCAGCUGCGCUGCCCCCGCGACUGCUCGGGCCGGGGCCGCUGCGAGAACGGCACCUGCGUGUGCCAGGAGGGCUUCGCCGGCCGCGACUGCGCCGCGCCGCGCUGCCCCGGCGCCUGCAGCGGCCGCGGCGUCUGCCGAGACGGGCUCUGCGUCUGCGAGGGAGGCUACGACGGGCAGGACUGCUCGGCAGUGUCUCCUCCUGAGAACAUGCGGGUGACAGGGAUCAGCGACAGCUCCAUCGAGCUGGCGUGGGACAGCCCCGGGGCAGCCACCGAGUACGUGGUGUCCUACCAGCCCGCCGUGCCAGGGGGCACCCAGCUCCAGCAGAGGGUGCCUGGGGACUGGAGCAGCAUCACCAUCACGGAUCUGGAGCCGGGUGUUGCCUACAAUGUCAGCAUCUAUGCGGUCAUCAGUGACGCCUUCAGCAUCCCCGUUACCUCCAAGGUGAUGACUAACCUCGCCACACCGCAGGGGCUGAAGUUCAAGACCAUCACAGAGACAACGGCAGAGGUGCAGUGGGAGCCCUUCUCCUUCCCCUUCGACGGCUGGGAGAUCAGCUUCAUCCCCAAGAACAACGAGGGUGGUGUGAUCGCCCAGCUCCCCAGCACCGUCACCACCUUCAACCAGACGGGGCUGAAGCCAGGGGAGGAGUACACUGUCACCGUGGUGGCCCUGAAGGAACAAGCCAGAAGCCCUCCCACCUCCGACAGCGUCUCAACCCUCAUUGACGGCCCGACGCAGAUCCUGGUGCGGGACGUCUCCGACACGGUGGCCUUCGUGGAGUGGACCCCGCCGCGCGCCAAGGUGGACGCCAUCCUGCUGAAGUACGGGCUGGCGGACGGGGAGGGCGGCAGGACCACCUUCCGCCUGCAGCCCCCCCUCAGCCAGUACUCCCUGCAGGCCCUGCGCCCCGGCGCCCGCUACCACCUCGCCGUCAGCGCCCUCCGGGGUGCCAACGAGAGCCGGCCAGCCUUUGCCCAGUUCACCACAGAGAUCGACGCUCCCAAGAACCUGCGGGUGGGCUCGCGGAGCCCCGCCAGCCUCGAGCUUGCCUGGGACAACAGCGAGGCCGAGGCACAGAGCUACAGGGUGGUCUACAGCACCCUGGCCGGGGAGCACUACCACGAGCUCCUGGUGCCGCGCCACGCCGGUCCCACCACCCGGGCCACCCUCGCAGAUCUGGUGCCGGGAACAGAGUAUGGCAUCGGGAUUUCAGCCGUGAUGGACAGCCAGCAGAGUGUGCCAGCGACCAUGAAUGCCAGGACUGAGCUUGACAGCCCCCGGGACCUCCUGGUGACAGCCUCCACUGAGACAUCCAUCUCACUGGCUUGGACCAAAGCCACAGGUCCCAUCGACCACUACCGCAUCACCUUCACCCCUGCCUCAGGAAUGGCCUCUGAAGUGACAGUGUCCAGGGAUGAGUCUCAGCUCACCCUCUCGGAGCUGGAGCCCGGGACAGAGUACACCAUCUCUAUCAUUGCUGAGAGGGGACGGCAGCAGAGCCUGGAGGCCACUGUGGAUGCCUUCACAGGUGUUCGGCCCAUCUCACAGCUGCACUUCUCCCAGCUGACAUCCUCCAGUGUGAACGUCACAUGGAGUGACCCAUCCCCACCAGCAGACCGCCUCAUCCUCACCUACAGCCCCCGGGAUGAGGAGGAGGAGGCACAGCAGGUCACACUGGAUGGCACCCGCAGGCACACCAGCCUGACGGGCUUGCAGCCCUCCACCGAGUACCUGGUGUCACUGGUGGCCGUGCACGGCACCAUCAGCUCUGAGCCCGUCGUGGGCUCCAUCACAACAGGGAUUGAUGCACCAAAGGACCUCAGGGUGGGCAAUGUCACCCAGGAGUCCAUGAUGGUCUACUGGAGUGCUCCCAUCGCUGCCUUUGACCACUACAGGAUAUCCUACCGUGCUGCCGAAGGAAGGACGGACAGCAUGACCAUCUCCAGGGAUGCCACCGAGUACACCCUCCAGGACCUGCAGCCUGCCACCAAGUAUGAGAUCGAGGUGAAGAGCGUGCGGGGCCGGGAGGAGAGUGAGCUGGCCUCCAUCACUGCUUACACAGCCAUGGAUGUCCCCCUGGGGGUCACGGCCACCAACAUCACUCCCACCGAGGCGCUGCUGCAGUGGAACCCGCCGCUGUCGGAGGUGGAAAGCUACGUCCUCAUCCUUACCCGCCGUGCAGUUGCAGGAGAAACAAUUCUCGUGGAUGGAGACAGCCAGGAGUACCAGCUGACCAACCUGCUGCCCAGUACCACCUACACAGUUUCUAUGUAUGCCACCAGCGGGCCUCUCACCAGCCAGACCGUCAGCACCAACUUCACCACUCUUUUGGAUCCUCCAACCAAUCUGACAGCCAGCGAAGUCACCCGACGGAGUGCCCUGCUGUCCUGGGUUCCUCCCGUGGGAGAGAUCGAGAACUAUGUCAUGACCUACAGGUCCACCGAUGGCAGCCGGAAGGAGCUGAUUGUGGAUGCUGAGGACACGUGGAUCCGUCUGGAGGGGCUUUCUGAGACCACGGAGUACACAGUGCACCUGCAAGCUGCCCAGAACGCCAUGCGGAGCGGCCUCAUCUCAACCACCUUCACCACAGGAGGACGUGUGUUUGCUAACCCUCAGGACUGUGCCCAGCACCUGAUGAACGGAGACACGCUGAGCGGGGUCUACACCAUCUCCAUCAACGGGGACCUCAGCCAGCGGGUGCCCGUGUACUGCGACAUGACCACUGAUGGAGGUGGCUGGAUUGUCUUCCAGCGGCGGCAGAACGGGCUGACCGAUUUCUUCCGGAAAUGGGCAGAUUACCGGGUUGGCUUUGGAAACUUGGAGGAUGAGUUUUGGCUGGGCUUGGACAACAUCCACAAGAUCACAUCCCAAGGGCGCUACGAGCUGCGAAUAGACAUGAGGGAUGGUCAGGAGGCAGCGUACGCCUACUAUGACAAGUUCUCCAUUGGCGACUCCCGGAGCCUCUACAAACUGCGGAUUGGGGACUACAAUGGCACUUCAGGAGACUCCCUCACCUAUCACCAGGGACGCCCCUUCUCCACCAAGGACAGGGACAACGACGUUGCUGUGACCAACUGUGCCAUGUCCUACAAAGGGGCCUGGUGGUACAAGAACUGCCACCGCACCAACCUCAACGGCAAGUACGGCGAGUCCCGGCACAGUCAGGGGAUUAACUGGUACCAUUGGAAAGGCCACGAGUUCUCCAUCCCCUUUGUGGAAAUGAAGAUGCGACCUUACAACCACCGUAACAUCUCUGGGAGGAAGAGACGGUCCCUACAGCUCUGA